AUGCUACGACUGUCUGGUCUACGAGGAAUUUUCAAACAAAGAGUUUCACGGGCAGAAGAACUUUUAUCAUGGAGCAUCAAAAAUCCCGGCUGGGAAAACACAUACAUAAGCAGCUUAAAGUCCCAAUUCAUUCCUAUAUUUGGAGUAUUAGGAAAAAUCAUAUUGAAGCAUGGCCAAAAGCUCAAUGGUGUACAAUCUUCGAAAAGAAGUUCCUCAUCUACGAGGCGAAAAAGGAAUGACUCAAAUGUUAUUAAUCCAAGGAUUAUGGCAUACAAGUAUACCAAGACAGAGCCAUUAGUCAAUAAUGAUUUAUCGAAAACUGCAUUCCUAACUUAUAUUUUAGAACUGAAGAUGUUUUCGGAUAACGACAUCGAGUAUAUCACUACCAAUUUUUUGAACUUGUUUGACCUAGUUGGGUCGUUUUCUAGUCCUCAAGUAGUCGAUUUUAUCUGUCAGAUAUGGGCAGAAGUUUUUACGAAAGAUAGAAGUAUUGAAUCUGUUCAUCAUCUUCAGGAUAAUUUUUUGCGUCAUAGAAGAGCCUUAACACAUCUUCUUAUUAAUUAUCGAGCUUAUGAUCUUUAUGAGAAAGUUAUGGAACCACUUUUGAGAAAUCCAGAACAAUACGGCUUCACUGAAUCGUGGUGUGACACUCUUGCAAAAACAUUACGAUUUAAAAACGAUUCAUAUGGCGUCCUAAGCUUCAAUAAUAACGGUAUAUCAAAAUUUUUGAAAGAUGAAUCGAUUGAAGUUGACACCCGGAGAAAGCUUUUGGCUAUUUUUCUUAGGAAAGGGCUCCUUUAUAGUAAUGACGUUAAUGAAAAGUACUCUAUUACGAAAUACUACAUUGAACAUUUAAGAGAUUUGAAUGAUGAUGAUUUCUUUUUCAUGGACCAAAAAUAUUCUGUUUAUAACAAAUCACUUAGACUUAUAAACUCGAUAUCACAAUCCUUACCCGAUCAUCUCGACAGAUUGAGAGCAAUUAUGCUUUCAAGUAGCAUUAAAGAAAAAACAUCCUUUUUAAAUUUCAUGACCUCAACAAUGAUCGCAAUUUUGCCAUAUGCUCCAUCGAAUUGUUUAAAAUACUGGGAAUAUAAGCAUGAAAUCUAUGAAAAAUAUAAUAAGACGAGAAACAACGUGCUUAACUACAUGGACUUGAAAUGUGCCAUGAUAUCCUUGUGUGAAUUGAAUUUGCCACUGGAAGCCUUAGCUUUAUAUCAGCGAUUUCCUCAGCUACAUCAUGAAGUGCAAAUUGAAGUUUUGUUGCGUAUCAGCGAUAGCAUGAAAGACUACAAAUUACUUCAAAAUCAGUUUGAGGAUAUGUAUGGCAAAGGACAGCUUCCCCAUGUUAUUCAUUAUAGCAUUGUAAUGAAUGCAUUAUCCAUAAUUGGAGCAAUAGAAAAAGUUGAUCAGCUUUAUCAUCAGCUACAGAAAAGAAACCUCCAACCUUCUGCCGAAAUAUAUGCAGCUUUGAUAAAAUCAAGGCUCCAUAAAGGCAACAUAGAAGAUGCAAAGAAUUGGAUUCGCAUAUAUGAAGAUGGAGUGGAAAAAGGUGAAGUUGAUGAGCCUGUAUCAGGUUCCUUUUGCAACCUACUAAUCGACUAUUAUAUGAAGUCAAGUGAUUACGAAUCUGCAAAACAAUUGUUUGAUAGUAUAAUAGAAAAGGGGCAAGACAACCUACUUAAUAGCGAUAUACUAUGCAAGCUUAUUAACUUCGCUGCUACAAGCUAUAGGAUUGGAGAGGUAGAACGUAUUAAAUCCAUUGCAUUACAAAAAAACUUAGUAUCGGAAUCCUUUUAUAUUGAGCUCAUCAGAGCAUACAUCAGAUUAGAUCAGUAUGAAAGAGCUGAUGCCAUUGUCUUUGAAGCUCAUAGCUAUUCAGAUGUCCCAUUCUCGAGUGCUGAAAUAUAUAAAUCCCAGUUGAGAAAUUAUAGAUUUUGGUUUAGGGUUGCAAGGUCAGAGCAGGUACGGCGAAUGAUUCUGAAAAGAGCAGACUUUAUCAUCAGCCGGAUUGAUGACCAAAAAAUAAGCUUAAGAAAAAAUCAUGGACUUUAUAAUGAAUGUAUCAAGUUUUUCAUUGCAAAGAAUGAUCUAGCAAGAGCUAGGGUCUAUUUGAAAGAAGCUAAAAAUCAUGAUGUAAUAACAGAACAUCAUUUCACUCCUUUGUUAAAGCAUUAUUCAAACCUAGGGAAUUUUGAAAGUAACUCAAAAAUUUUGGAUUUAUAUAGAGAGAUGGUUAGAGAAAACAUUCAAGUUACUACUAAUACCUAUGUUUAUUUAAUGAAGGCUUUGCUUCAAUUGGAUGUUCAAAAUCAAAAUGGAUACAAAAACUCCUAUGAACUUUUAAAAUCCGUCUUCGAAUUAAAUGGUUUGUCAAUUUCACCAACGGCUGAGAAUAAAGGAAAUGACUAUGAUCUUUCUGAUUCUUCGGUUCAAUUGUGUCGAAUUGUGUCUGAAUAUGUCACUGCGACUGCUCAGAAUAACAACUCUAGUUUGGAUCUUUUGGUCAGCUUUCUUGGUCAGAUUAAGCGUAGACUAGGAAGCAAGCUUACCACCGAAUUUAAGUUUGUAUUAUAUACCGAGAUGGGAAGGCUAUAUCAAAAGCAAGGCAACCUAAAGUUGGGCGAGAAUUUGGUGUCCAGCGGUCUUGAAGAAUUGAGUCAUACUAUAUCUAAAUACGUGGAAGAAUAUCCAUUCCUCGAUGAUGAGAUUAGGGUCCCAACGAAAUUACAACUGGAAUAUCGAAGCCUUUUCGACUUGAAAUUAACUUCAAUGAGAUCAUCUAGCCGUGGCCCUCAUGAAUACUUGAAUUCGCUUAACAAGGCUUCUAAUUGUCGCGUCAGACUAUCAGGUUAUCAGUAUUCUCGUUUAAUCUCCGAAAUCUUGAAGCUAUCAAACAAAGAGGUUCUUCCUAUCGUGUUGUCGGUUUGUGAAGAGUAUUUAGUAUCUGGAAACUGGGUUGAAUCCAAAAUUAUGAGAAAGCUUCAGUAUUUAUACAAACUUUUAAUACUCUACUAUGUUAGGACUGUUGGUUCAGAUUUUGUCAAAGAAUCGUUUGGGAUAUUGAAUCGUUAUUAUAAUGUUAGAGAUCUCCAUGCGUUGGAGAAAGAAUUCAAAAAUAUUUCGAACCCACUAGCUGCUUUGAAAAAAGAACUAGAUGUGUACAAUCAUUUGGUAUAUAAAACGUCACAAUGGUCUAUUGAUGAUUUGUUGAACUAUAUUCCCGAGUUUUUCGUUCCUGAGAGACAUAUACCAACACAAAACAAGAUCAGUCCCUCAUUACUGAGUGAAAUAUGGAGACUAUUUUCUAAGUUUUCCAAGAACGAUCAAAUGUACGCCUUCAAGUUGAUGGACGAGUUCCCAGAAACGGUAGAGUAUUUGUUGUAUAACGGUCCUGCAAGACUCCGCCUAGUAGCGUUCAGAGCUGAAGUAGAUAAAAUUGAACCUCCUCCCAAAAGUGACCAACAAGAAGAUGUUGAAUCAAGAUACGAUCGUGCUAUAAGAGCUCUCAAGUACUUGAAAAGAGAAUCCAUAACCGUCUAA